AUGGUAAAAAAGCUUUACCGUCGGGCAGAGGUAUUGUACGGUAAAUGUGAGGAUGCUCCUACGGUUGUUGAAGCUGUACAGUUUCAUGGAAUCAAGAGGACUAAAAACGAUGCAUUAGUCAAAGAAAUUGCAUAUUUAUACAAAUGUGCUGAUUUUGGAAGCCUGCUGCAUAAUGCAAAUCUUGCUGCAAAACAUCUGAUGGAAAUCGGUUUAAUGGAACAUGCUACAGCACUGAUAGAUGUAUGCAAGGGGAAUCCGCAUAGUUACGUUGUGAAUUUCGUUGUUAGAGAGCCAAGAUCGUUUACCAUUGGAGCUAAAGCCGGCGUGUCAACAUACGGGGAAGCAGACGGCAUACUCAAUGUUACAAAAAGAAGUGUUUUUGGACGUGGUGAAAACUGCAACACUUCAUACACAUACACCGUAAAGGCACGUCUUAAAAACUUUUACCGCUAUUCUAAACUUAAAUUUUUUCCCUUUCUUGGAUGGCAGAAGUAUGCUUCUCUGAAUUUGUCCAUUUUUCGAAACUUUUUUUUGUCGCCGUGGAAUGUGUCAGAAACAGCUGAAAACGGCAUUGUUCUGCAAUAUAACGGACUGAUUAAUCCAAGUUUGCUACAUACUUCAAGUUUUAACGUGAUUUGGCGUAAAUUCAUGCCUCUGAAAGAUGCCGUGUUCAGUGUUCGAGAAUUUGCUGGUCAUUCCUUGAAAUUCUCGAUAGAAAACUCUUUAGCGUAUGAUACCCGUGACUAUAGACUGUUGCCGUCAGCAGGUGUUUAUUGUCGUCUCACUCAGGAACUGGCAGGGCUGCUUGGAGAUGCCAGUUUUGCGAAACAAACGGUGGACCUGCAGUUUGCUAAUCCAUUACGGUUUGGUGCCUUUGUUGGUGGAUCACUACAAGCGUCUUUAAUUUCUUCUUUAUCAAAUCAACCAAUACAUCUUCUCGACAGGUUAUAUUUGGGGGGACCAUUAAACUUGCGCGGUUUUAGUUGGAAUUCUAUGGGUGCUAAAGCUGGCACUUCGAGCUUGGGUGGUUUUGCGUCUUGUGCAGCUGCUCUCCACAUUUAUAUGCCACUGAUACCUGCUGACUUAUUGUUCGCUCAUUGUUUUAUGGUCGGUGGAUCUGUAAUACCAUCUAAGUCCCCAAAUGUAUUUGAAGCACUCGUUAGCGAAAGGAGGGUUUCGGCAGGCAUUGGAGUAACAUUUGUAUUUCGAGACAUGGUACGGCUGGAGCUGAACUAUGUUUGGCCGCUACGCUCUCAUACAAGUGACUCUUGCAAUUUUGGCUUUCAAUUUGGAGCAGGAAUCAAUUUCUUGUAG